AUGGCUCCCCCCUCGCGAUUUGGGGGUGGCCCGCCAUCCAUGGCACCAUACCAACACCAAUAUUCUUCACAUCCUUCACAAACUCAUGCGACUGCUCACCAACCACCCGCACUCUCUAACCCGGCCUACCUAGGCAACGCGCAUAUGGGCCCCUUCGGCGCGAACGGAUUAGGACUCGGUGCCAGCAUGAACGCCGCCGCUGGCUUUGGUGUUGGAGAUCAGACAGGCUUUGCUAGUCAUGCUGCUAGAUCCGGCUUCCAGCAUGCCGCGCAGUUACAAUCUCAACAGCACAAUCCUCAUCAGGUCCACGCGAUCGAGCGACAAGGACGAAGCGGUGCCGCUAAAGGUCGCAUACGCGAAGUCUGGAAGCAUAACUACCAGGAAGAAAUGACGAUGCUCAUGGACUUGAUCGAGGAAUUUCCAUAUGUUGCUAUGGAUACCGAAUUCCCAGGUAUUGUGGGCCGGCCAAUGGGCAACUUCCGAGGCAAGAGCGAUUACCAUUACCAGUGCCUACGAGUCAACGUCGACCUGCUUCGAGUAAUCCAGAUUGGACUCAGUCUGUUCAACGAAAAGGGCGAGACACCUGCGGAGCGUCUAAGUACGUCACCGAACGAAUGUGGCAUAAGAAUCAGGAAAUAUGCCAAUCAACAAUUACCUCUUGCCUGGCAGUUUAAUUUCAAGUUUUCUCUCAAAGAAGACAUGUACAAUCAGGCAUCGAUCGAGUCCUUGCAACAAGCUGGCAUUGACUUCAACCUCCUCGAACGCGACGGUAUCGACCCGAACAAGUUUGCUUCCUUGUUCAUCCCCUCCGGCUUCGUAUGCUACGACAACAUCAAGUGGAUCUCGUUCCAUGGUGGAUAUGACUUCGGCUAUCUGACUAAGCUACUCGGAGACACAAAGCUAGCCAAUGAUGAGAGCGAGUUUGACAAGGUCAUGAAGAAGUGGUUCCCCACUACUUACGAUGUCAAGCAUCUGAUGAAGUACGCGGUUAAGCUUCAUAGCUCUGGUGUGCUCACUCCCACUGAUCCUGGUACGGCCGAGAUCAUGCAGAAGUUUGAGCAAAAGUCCGGACUGGAGAGCAUUGCUGAGGCUCUGAAGAUAAAGCGACUUGGAGCGGCGCAUCAGGCGGGUUCGGAUAGUCUUAUCACGGGCAAGGUGUUCUUUCAGUUGCGAGAGCGAAUAUAUAAUGGAGAGAUUACGGACGAUCAUAUUGGUAAGGUCUGGGGACUCGGAUUUUCAGGAAUGGAGGUACCCACGUCAUCACAGGGCCUGGUCAAUAAUCCGGAUGCCACCCCAUCCAACACCAACGGCAAUGUGAAUGGUGGCCCUACUACACCAAGCACGUCGAGUGUGGGACUUGCUAACACUCCAGUUACGCAAUCACAGAAUGGUAACGCAUUAGGCAUGGGACCGAUGACUCCUGGUGGCGGCGGAGGUGUAUUUGGGUCAUUCAAUUUCCCAACUCAUGCAAGAUAG